AUGAACGACCCAGGUCUCGAGGAGCCUAUUGAAAUGAUAGCCGCUGAAGUCAAUCGAGAAGUGGAAACACGAGGAGAACAUUCCAAUGUGAAAAGAAGGAAAUCGAGUCAAGCCAAAAAAGCAGAGGAAGAACGAGAAAGGGUCGAUUUUCUGCGACCUACACGUUGGUGGCUUGUCUCGACUCUAUUUCCAUUGAUUUCAGGAACUUUGGGCCCUCUCGCCAACUUGUUCUCUGUCUGCGCGCUGGUGCAGACAUGGAGAAUUGGGCCGAACGGUGAGAGGAUCAAUGAUCCUGGAUGGCUCGUCGCAAUAAACACCAUUUCACUGGCGUUCGCUUUGGCUGCCAACUUUCUCCUACUGUUCACAUUCGCGCGACGGACUCGAUACCUCGUUGCUCUUCCUAUAAUUAUCAUCCUGUGGUGUCUAGCAUUCAUCGCACUCAUUAUCCUCUAUUACUAUGCCCUACUUUCCGCUAUCCUUUACGCCACUAUCUCCCUCUUCCUCACGAUCAACUACACGUUCGCUCAUCCUCUCUUACCAUUUCGCGCUUACCCACCCACAUUCGACGUCCUCACCAUUCCACAGCGCACUCUCAUGCUCCAAACAACGUCUUUCACGCUUUACCUCGCUCUGGGUGCUGGAAUUUUUUCACGCGUCGAACAUUGGGACUUUGUCGAUGGCGUCUAUUGGGCUGAUUACACACUGUUGACCAUUGGAUUAGGAUCAGAUUUUCCUUUACAAACUGCAACAGCUCGAGGUUUACUUCUUCCUUGGGCAGUGGGAGGAAUCAUUAUCGUCGGUCUUGUAGUAGGCAGUGUUCGUGGAUUGGUGCUCGAAAGGGGCAAGAAGAAAGUGGGGAAUAGAGCGGUAGCUAGAGCUGUUACCAAGUGGCGGGAUGGGAAAACAGAUUCAGAGGCACAAAUUUCGUUAUGGUCUAAGGAAGAUUUCGACACGAUGCGGGGUAUUCAAGAGCGAGCCUCGGUCGCGAGAAAGUACACUGCGCUCGGUGUAUCAGCAUUGGCGUUCGUUGUCGUCUGGUUUUGUGGUGCCCUGGUGUUUUGGUUCACAGAGGCUCAACAGAAAUGGUCCUAUUUCACCGCGCUAUAUUUUACAUACACUUCCCUCCUGACGAUCGGCUAUGGUGACCUGAUUCCUCAAUCCAACUCUGGAAAGCCCUUUUUCGUUCUUUGGUCCCUUCUUGCCGUACCUGCUGUGACAAUCCUCAUUUCAAACAUGGGUAGUACCGUCGUCGACUGGGUUCGAAAUGGAACGUUAUGGGUGGGCCAGAGAACUUUGUUACCCGAAAUGACAUACAAAAACGGGACUAUAGAGCGGCUGGGAGGCGACGUUGCCAGACUAGGUGGCGCCGUUGAAAAGGCGGAGCGUGAUCGUGGAAGUGGUGGUGGAUUAGCGGCGAGGAUUGCGAGGGAGAUUAGAUUGAUCUCAGUGGACAUGGCGAAGAAGCCUCCAAGAAGGUAUGAAUGGGAAGAUUGGUUGAGGUGGAUGAAGCUUUUGAGCGGUGAUGAAAAGAGUGUCGUGGGGCGCGAUUUUCUUGAUGAUGAUGGACCGCUGCUGAGUGGUGCGAGCGAAACGGAAUGGAUACUGGAUAAACUUUGUCGUCGAUUGGAGGAGGUGCUGGAUGCGGAGUUGGGAAGGCGAAGUCCGUGA